AUGGAGGGUCGUGUUGUGGGUAACAAGUAUCUACUUGAUCGCAAAAUUGGCAGAGGAACAUUCAGCGAGAUUUAUCAUGGUACUGAUAUACAUACUCAUGCGGAGGUCGCAGUUAAGAUGGAAAAAUUCGAGACACAGUCGUCUCCUAAGGUGCUAUAUGAGGCAAAGUUGUAUGGAAUUCUUCAGGGAGGAACUGGAAUUCCAAAUACGAGGUGCUUUGGCGUGGAGCGAAAUUACAUUGUUCUGGUCAUGGAUUUGCUUGGACCCAGUCUUGAAUCUUCAUUUAAUUUUUUCAGUAGGAAGUUUUCCCUGAAGACAAUUUUGAUGCUUGCAGAUCAAAUGAUAAAUUGUAUUGAAUUUGUUCAUUCUAAAUCAUUUUUGCAUCAAGAUAUCAAGCCAGCCGAUUUUCUUGUGGGCUUGGGAAGGCACGCACAGCAGGUCUACAUUAUUGACUUCGGUCUAGCCAAGAGGUACAGAAACCCUUCAAGUCACGAGCACAUUCCUUACAGAGUUGGCAAAAAAUUUUCAGGCAAUCCGAAAUAUGCUAGCAUGUACACUCAUCUUGGUUUCGAUAAGUGCAGGAGGGAUGAUUUGGAAUCUCUUGGAUAUGUUCUUAUGCACUUCCUCCGGGGAAGUCUUCCUUGGGAAGGGAUCAAAGCAGUUACUGAGGACCUGAAGCGUGAGAAAAUUGGACGAAAGAAGGCUUCAACAUCUAUUGAGGAGUUAUGUCAGGGUUAUCCUACUGAAUUUGCAUCAUAUUUCAAUCAUUGUCGUUCUCUCAAGUUUGAGGAUGAACCAGAUUAUGCUAAUAUGAAGAGAAUGUUCCGUGACCUCUUCUUCCGUGAAGGCUUUCAACUUGACUAUGUUUUUGGUUGGACUCACACUGCAACUCCUCCUUCCCGACCUACUCUUGGCCCUGGUGCUGGUGCCGCACUAAGCUCAAACAUUCCUCCAGCCAUUCCCAAUGCAGAAAGACUUUCAGGUGAAGAAGGAAGACAAUCAGCAGAUCCUAUUCGAAGGUCUAGUUCUUGGCCACUCAUAAAUGCUGGAAGUUUGCCCGGGCAGAGGAGUGGAUCCAUUUUCAAGACUUGUGAAGCUGAGCCCCAAUGCCUCUGUCACUAG